UUAGCCUCAGGAGACUCUGCAGGAACAGGACCUGCUGGGUUUGGGGCUCACCUCUCUGCUUAGACCCCAUUCUCACGGAGUGGCCACUCCAGGCCUCCAGCUACUUCCUCUUGCAUCAGGGGACAUGAUUCCAAUAAGAGUGGUUGCCUGGGCUGAGGGCUGCCCAAGUUCUAAUUACAUGUAAUUCCAGAGACUGGCAGAGCCUGGGAAAACAAGGGGAUUAGAGUGGACUUAGCUGGGCUCUGUAGGUACAGCAGACUCCACAGAAACAGGUGGCCCCCGGGGCCCCCACUGCUCCUUGCCUUCUGGAGGUGGAUCACGAACUGGGGUCAGAUGCCCCCUCCCAAACUUGUCUCCCCCAGGUGACAUGAACUGAGGUGUUUCAGGAGUCAGAGUUGUCUCAGCCCACACGGCUCAUGGAGAAAUAGAAUGGAGAAGUUGGCAGACACCCGGAAGCUCCUUCUUUUACCUGGACGUGUUGGAGGUUGCUGGGCUGGGCCUGGGGGCAUUUAGAGGGGUAUGGCAGAGCUCAAUGGGGACCUCCUGCCUCUCCCAACCUGAGAUUGGCCUGGCUUGUAACUUGAAGGAAUGGAGUUCACCUGGGGUGUGUGCUGGCAUUGGGAUAAUUGGGGCUGCGACAUCCUGAGGAAGGCCAAGUUUACCCAGGGAGUCAUAUAAAGAUAAACUCAGAUAACCUGAAUCAAUAUUUCCUCACUGGGACCCAUGGAGCCCCUACAGCUGUUUUCCUGAUAACUCGGCAAAUGCCCCACCCACCCUUUGCACCUCCCUUGUCCUCCCGCCCUCAGAUGCCUGCUAGGCAUAUAAGUCCUGGACCCCUGCCCUGGGAUGCUCUCCUGUGCCACCCUCCUGAGCCACCAUGGGGCUGCCACUAGCUCACCUGGUGGCUGUGUGCCUAGUCCUGGCCUUAGCCAGGGCCUCGGAGCUCCAAAGAGAAGCCAGAACCCGAAACCAUGUCUGCAGCACCUGGGGCGACUUCCACUACAAAACCUUUGACGGUGAUGUCUUUCGAUUCCCUGGCCUCUGUGAUUACAACUUUGCUUCUGACUGUCGAGACUCCUACAAGGAAUUUGCUGUGCACCUGAAGCGGGGCUUGGACCAGGCUGGGGGUCACCCCCGGGUAGAGUCCAUCCUAAUUACCAUUAAGGACGACACCAUCUACCUCACCCACAAGCUGGCAGUGGUGAAUGGGGCCAUGGUCAGCACCCCGCACUACAGCUCCGGGCUCCUCAUUGAGAAGAAUGAUGCCUACACCAAGAUCUACUCCCGUGCUGGCCUCUCCCUCAUGUGGAACCGGGAAGAUGCACUCAUGCUAGAGCUGGACAGCCGGUUCCAGAACCACACCUGUGGCCUCUGUGGGGACUUCAAUGGCAUGCAAACCUAUAAUGAGUUCCUCAGUGAAGGCAUACAAUACAGUGCCAUUGAGUUUGGGAACAUGCAGAAGAUCAACAAGCCUGAGGUUGAAUGUGAGGACCCCGCGGUGGUGCAAGAGCCAGAGUCCUGCUCUGAGCAUCGAGCUGAGUGUGAGAGGCUGCUGACCUCCACAGCCUUCGAGGACUGCCAGGCCCGGGUGCCCGUGGAGUUGUAUGUGCGCGCCUGCAUGCAGGACCGCUGCCGGUGUCCUCAGGGUGGUGCCUGCGAGUGCAGCACCCUUGCUGAGUUCUCCCGCCAGUGCUCCCACGCAGGUGGCCGACCUGAGAACUGGAGGACUGCCUCACUCUGCCCCAAGAAGUGCCCUGGUAACAUGGUGUACUUGGAGAGCAGCUCUCCCUGCGUGGAUACCUGCUCACAUCUGGAGGUCAGCAGCUUGUGUGAGGAACACUACAUGGAUGGCUGUUUCUGCCCAGAAGGCACUGUAUAUGAUGACAUCACGGGCAGUGGCUGUGUCCCUGUGAGCCAGUGCCACUGCAAGCUGCAUGGGCACCUCUAUAUGCCAGGCCAGGAGAUUACCAAUGACUGUGAGCAGUGUGUCUGCAAUGCUGGUCGCUGGGUGUGUGAAGACCUGCCUUGCCCUGAGACCUGUGCCCUGGAAGGUGGCUCCCACAUCACCACCUUUGAUGGAAAAAAGUUUACCUUUCACGGGGACUGCUACUAUGUCCUGACCAAGGGCAGCCACAAUGACUCCUAUGCCCUCCUGGGUGAGCUGGCCCCCUGCGGCUCUACAGACAAGCAGACCUGCCUGAAGACUGUGGUACUGCUGACUGACAACAAGAAGAACGUGGUGGCCUUCAAAUCAGGUGGCAGCGUGUUACUCAAUGAGCUGGAGGUGACCCUGCCCCAUGUGGCAGCGAGCUUCUCCAUCUUCCAACCCUCCUCCUACCACAUUGUUGUGAACACGGUGUUCGGGCUGCGGCUGCAGGUUCAGCUGGUCCCAGUCAUGCAGCUUUUUGUGACUCUGGACCAGGCUGCCCAGGGACAGGUGCAGGGUCUCUGUGGGAACUUCAACGGCCUGGAAAGUGAUGACUUCAUGACGUCUGGUGGGCUGGUGGAGGCCACGGGUGCCGGCUUCGCCAACACCUGGAAGGCCCAAUCAAGCUGCCAUGACAAGCUAGACUGGCUAGAUGACCCCUGUUCCCUCAACAUUGAGAGCGCCAAUUAUGCUGAACACUGGUGUUCCCUGCUGAAGAGGUCGGAGACGCCUUUUGCCAGGUGCCACUUGGCUGUGGAUCCCACUGAAUACUACAAGAGGUGCAAAUAUGACACGUGCAACUGUCAGAACAACGAGGACUGCAUGUGUGCGGCUCUGUCUUCCUACGCCCGUGCCUGUGCUGCCAAGGGUGUCAUGCUGUGGGGCUGGCGCGAGCGCGUCUGCAACAAAGACGUGCAUGCUUGCCCCAGCUCACAGAUCUUCCUGUACAACCUGACCACUUGCCAGCAGACCUGCCGCUCACUCUCAGAGGGUGACACCCACUGCCUCAAGGGAUUUGCACCUGUGGAAGGUUGUGGCUGCCCUGACCAUACCUUCAUGGAUGAGAAGGGCCGCUGUGUGCCCUUGGCUAAGUGUUCCUGCUAUCACCACGGUCUUUACCUGGAGGCAGGAGAUGUGAUCCUGAGGCAAGAGGAGCGUUGCAUUUGCCGGAACGGGAGGCUGCAAUGCACCCAGGUCAAACUGAUUGGCCACAGCUGUGAGGCGCCCAAAAUCCUUGUGGAUUGCAACAAUGUGACUGCUCUGGCCACCCGGAAUCCCCGCCCCACCAGCUGCCAGACACUGGUGGCUGGUUAUUACCAUACAGAGUGCAUCAGUGGCUGUGUGUGUCCCGAUGGGCUGCUGGAUGAUGGCCGUGGUGGCUGUGUGAAGGAGGAGGAGUGUCCUUGCAUCCAUAACAAAGACCUAUACAACCCUGGGGCUAGCAUCAAGCUGGACUGUAACAACACCUGUACUUGCCAGAAAGGACGCUGGGAGUGCACCCGGUAUGCAUGCCACAGCACCUGCUCUAUCUAUGGCAGCGGCCACUACAUCACCUUCGAUGGAAAGCACUAUGACUUUGAUGGACACUGCUCCUAUGUGGCUGUCCAGGACUACUGUGGCCAGAACUCUACUGGCUCCUUCAGCAUUAUCACGGAGAAUGUCCCCUGCGGCACCACAGGUGUUACCUGCUCCAAGGCCAUAAAGAUCUUUAUAGGGGGAACGGAGCUGAAGUUGGUGGAUAAACAUCGCGUCAUAAAGCAGUUGGAGGAGGGGCACCAUGUGCCCUUCAUCACACGGGAAGUGGGCCUGUACCUGGUGGUGGAGGCCAGCUCUGGCAUUAUCGUUAUCUGGGACAAGAGGACCACCAUCUUCAUCAAACUGGCCCCUUCUUACAAGGGCACUGUAUGUGGUCUGUGUGGGAACUUUGAUGACCAGACCAAAAAUGACUUCACCACUCGGGACCACAUGGUGGUGACCAGUGAGCUGGACUUUGGGAAUAGUUGGAAGGAAGCUUCCACGUGCCCAGAUGUGACCCACACUCCAGACCCUUGCAGCCUGAACCCACAUCGUCGCUCCUGGGCAGAGAAGCAGUGUAGCAUUAUCAAGAGUGGUGUAUUCAAAGGGUGUCACAGCAAGGUGGACCCCACGGUCUUCUAUGAGGCCUGUGUGCAUGACUCCUGCUCCUGUGACACGGGAGGUGACUGUGAGUGUUUCUGUUCUGCUGUGGCCUCCUACGCUCAGGAGUGCACCAAGGCAGAGGCCUGUGUGUUCUGGAGGACGCCGGACCUGUGCCCCGUAUUCUGUGAUUACUACAACCCCCCAGAUGAGUGUGAAUGGCACUACGAACCAUGUGGGAACCGCACCUUUGAGACCUGUAGGACCAUCAAUGGCAUCCACUCCAACAUCUCUGUGUCCUACCUGGAGGGUUGCUACCCUCGGUGCCCUAAGGACAGGCCCAUCUAUGAUGAGGACCUGAAGAGAUGUGUGACUGAGGACAAGUGUGGCUGCUAUAUUGAGGACACUCGCUACCUGCCCAAUGCAUCUGUUCCCACUAAGGAGAUCUGCAAGUCUUGUAUAUGCACCAACACCUCAGAAAUCAUCUGCCAUCCAGAUGAAGGGAAGAUUCUUAACCAGACCCAGGAUGGUAUCUUCUGCUACUGGGAGUUCUGCGGCUCCAAUGGGACAGUGGAGAAACACUUCAAUAUUUGUGCCUCCUCCACGCCACCCCCAUCCACCCUGACAAGCUUCACCACAAUCUCCACCCCUACCCCCAUCUCCACCACCACCACCACAACCACCAUCACUGCCACUACUGUCACUGCCACCGCCAGUACUGCCACGGCCACCGCCAGUACCCCCACGGCCACCGCCAGUACUGCCACUGCCACUACCACAGUCACGAUGACCACUACUAAUGUAUCAUGCUGCUACUGGUCUGACUGGAUCAACAACAACAGUCCUAGCGAUAGCAGUGAUGGUGGUGAACGAGAGACCUUCGACAGUGUCUGUAGUGCUCCUGAGGACAUUGAGUGCAGGUCAGCCACAGAGCCCAAACUCAGCUUGGAGGAGCUGGGCCAGAAGGUACAGUGUAAUGUCUCAGUUGGGUUCGUUUGCCAUAAUGAAGACCAGUAUGGAAAUGGAGACGAAGUAUUUGGACGUUGUUAUGACUAUGAGAUACGAGUCUACUGUUGCUAUUCAGAGGAGCACUGUACUACUCCAACCACCUCACCUGCAACUUCACCAACUCUAUCUACCUCUUCCCCAACCACCUCACCUACAACUUCCCCACUGACUUCAUCUAUUACUUCACCAACAACCUCACCUAUCACUUCAACAGUUUCACCAAGUACCUCAACUUCCAUGUCACCAACAAACUUGCCGACCACUACAUCAAUCAUUUCAUCAACCACUUCCCCAACCACUACACCAACCAUCUCAUCUACCACUACACUGAUGACUUCAUUUACCACUUCACAACCAUCUUCAUCAACCACCUCUCCUAGCAGUUCACCAAACCCCUCUGUAACAACUUCACCAACCACUUCACCAGGAACCUCAACCACCACAUCACCAAGCACCAUUACAUCAAUCUUGCCUACUACAUCCACCACCACACGAGAGCCCACUACAUGCAUUGAAGAUUGUAAGUGGACAGGCUGGAAGGAUUCUGGCAAGCCCACCCAUGAUAUAGACAGUGGAGAUUUUGAACUGAUUGGAGAAGCCUGUGAACCAGGCUGGAGAGUAGAAAACAUCUCCUGCAGAGCUGUGAUGUAUUCCAACAAACCACUUGAUCAGCUAGGACAGAAAGUGAUUUGUGACAAAAAGGUUGGGCUAGUGUGCAGAAAUGCAGAACAGGAAAUAGGAGGGUUCAUACCAAUGCCUGUGUGUCUCAACUAUGAGAUCAAUGUUCAGUGCUGUAGUAUAGAAUGUACAACAACCACACAAACUUCAACCACCACUAGAGUGACUUCUAUCCCAACAUCUACAAGCACGGUGACUCCAACCACACCUUCAACCACCACAGAGACCUCAACUGCAACAACUACCACACAGACCACAACACCAAUACCCCACACAAGUACCUCAAUUCCAACAUCUACUACCACACAAACCACAACACCAACACCCUAUACAAGCACCUCAACAUCAACAUCUAUCACCACAGAGACCACAACACCAACACCCUCCCCAAGCACCUCCACCUCAACAUCUACUACCACACAGACACCAAUCACAACCCCCACCACCACCACAGUGACUCCAACUGCAACAACUACCACCACAGAGACCUCAACAUCUACCACUACACAGACCACAACACCAACACCCUCCCCAAGCACCUCCACCUCAACAUCUAUCACCACGCAGACACCUAGUCCAAAGCCAACUACUACAAUGACUCCAACCCCAACACCUACACCCACAGAGACCUCAACUUCCACAUCUACUAUCACAGACACCACAACACCAACUCCCUCCCCAAGCAGCUCCACCUCAACAUCUACUACCACACAGACACCUAGUCCAAUCCCAAGUACUACAGUGACUCCAACUCCAACACCUUCCACCACAGAGAUCUCAACCUCAACAUCUACUACCACACAGACACCAAUCACAACCCCCAUCACCACAGUGACUCCAACACCAACUGCUACCACCACAGAGACCUCAACUUCAACACCCCACACAAGCACCUCCACCCAAACAUCUACCACCACACAGACCACAACACCAACACCCUCCCCAAGCACCUCCACCUCAACAUCUAUCACCACACAGACACCAAGUCCAACCCCAAGUACCACAGUGACUCCAACUCCAACACCUUCCACCACAGAGACCUCACCCUCAACAUCUACCACCACCCAGACCACAACACCAACACCCUCCCCAAGCACCUCCACCUCAACAUCUACUACCACACAGACACCAAGUCCAACCCCAAGUACCACAGUGACUCCAACUCCAACACCUUCCACCACAGAGACCUCACCCUCAACAUCUACCACCACCCAGACCACAGCACCAACACCCUCUCCAAGCACCUCCACCUCAACAUCUAUCACCACACAGACACCAAUCACAACCCCCACCACCAUAGUAACUCCAACACCAACUGCUACCACUACAGUGACUUCAACACCUACCACUACACAGACCACAACACCAACACCCUCCCCAAGCACCUCCACCUCAACAUCUACUACCACACAUACACCUACUCCAACCCCCUCUACUACAGUGACUCCAACCCCAACACCUACCACCACAGAGACCUCAACCUCCACAUCUACUAUCACAGAGACCACAACACCAACACCCUCCCCAAGCACCUCCACCUCAACAUCUACUACCACACAGACACCAAUCACAACACCCACCACCACAGUGACUCCAACACCAACUGCUACCACCACAGAGACCUCAACACCUACCACUACACAGACCACAACACCAACACCCUCCCCAAGCACCUCCACCUCAACAUCUAUCACCACACAGACACCUAGUCCAUCUCCCUCUACUACAGUGACUCCAAUCCCAACACCUAUCACCACAGAGACCUCAACUUCCACAUCUACUAUCACAGAGACCACAACACCAACACCCUCCCCAAGCACCUCCACCUCAACAUCUACUACCACACAGACAUCAAGUCCAACCCCAAGUACCACAGUGACUCCAACUCCAACACCUUCCACCACAGAGACCUCACCCUCAACAUCUACCACCACCCAGACCACAACACCAACACCCUCCCCAAGCACUUCCACCUCAACAUCUAUCACCACACAGACACCAAUCACAACUCCCACUACCACAGUGACUCCAACUGCAACAACUACCACCACAGAGACCUCAACCUCAACAUCCACCACCACACAGACACCAAGUCCAACUCCAAGUACCACAGUGACUUCAACAUCAACAUCUACCACCACAGAGACCACAACACCAACGCCCUCCCCAAGCACCUCCACCUCAACAUCUACUACCACACAGACAUCAAUCAAAACCCCCACCACCAUAGUAACUCCAACACCAACUGCUACCACUACGGUGACUUCAAUGGCAACACCUACCACCACAGAGACCACAACACCAACACCCUCCCCAAGCACCUCCACCUCAACAUCUACUACCACACAUACACCUACUCCAACCCCCUCUACUACAGUGACUCCAACCCCAACACCUACCAUCACAGAGACCUCAACCUCCACAUCUACUAUCACAGAGACCACAACACCAACACCCUCCCCAAUCACCUCCACCUCAGCAUCUACUACCACACAGACACCAAUCACAACCCCUACCACCACAGUGACUCCAACACCAACUGCUACCACCACAGAGACCUCAACACCUACCACUACACAGACCACAACACCAACACCCUCCCCAAGCACCUCCACCUCAACAUCUAUCACCACACAGACACCUAGUCCAACUCCCUCUACUACAGUGACUCCAACCCCAACACCUACCACCACAGAGACCUCAAUUUCCACAUCUACUAUCACAGAGACCACAACACCAACACCCUCCCCAAGCACCUCCACCUCAACAUCUACUACCACACAGACACCAAGUCCAACCCCAAGUACCACAGUGACUCCAACUCCAACACCUUCCACCACAGAGACAUCAACAUCAACAUCUACCACCACCCAGACACCUAGACCAACACCAAAUACCACAAUGACUCCAACCCCAACAGCUACCACCACAGAAACUUCAACCUCAACAUCUACCACCACACAAACCACAACACCAACACCCUCCCCAAGUACCUCCACCUCAACAUCUACCACUACACAGACACCAAGUCCAACCCCAAGUACCACAGUGACUCCAACUCCAACACCUUCCACCACAGAGACCUCACCCUCAACAUCUACCACCACCCAGACCACAGCACCAACACCCUCCCCAAGCACCUCCACCUCAACAUCUAUCACCACACAGACACCAAUCACAACUCCCACUACCACAGUGACUCCAACUGCAACAACUACCACCACAGAGACCUCAACUUCAACAUCCACCACCACACAGACACCAAGUCCAACUCCAAGUACCACAGUGACUUCAACAUCAACAUCUACCACCACAGAGACCACAACACCAACGCCCUUCCCAAGCACCUCCACCUCAACAUCUAUCACCACACAGACACCAAUCACAACACCCACCACCAUAGUAACUCCAACACCAACUGCUACUACUACGGUGACUUCAACGGCAACACCUACCACCACAGAGACCACAACACCAACACCCUCCCCAAGCACCUCCACCUCAACAUCUACUACCACACAUACACCUACUCCAACCCCCUCUACUACAGUGACUCCAACCCCAACACCUACCACCACAGAGACCUCAACCUCCACAUCUACUAUCACAGAGACCACAGCACCAACACCCUCCCCAAGCACCUCCACCUUAACAUCUACUACCACACAGACACCAAUCACAACACCCACCACCACAGUGACUCCAACACCAACUGCUACCACCACAGAGACCUCAACACCUACCACUACACAGACCACAACACCAACACCCUCCCCAAGCACCUCCACCUCAACAUCUAUCACCACACAGACACCUAGUCCAACUCCUUCUACUACAGUGACUCCAAUCCCAACACCUAUCACCACAGAGACCUCAACUUCCACAUCUACUAUCACAGAAACCACAACACCAACACCCUCCCCAAGCAGCUCCACCUCAACAUCUCAUACCACACAGACACCAAUCACAACCCCCACUACCACAGUGACUCCAACACCAACUCCUACCACCACAGAGACCUCAACAUCUACCACUACACAGACCACAACACCAACACCCUCCCCAAGCACCUCCAUCUCAACAUCUACUACCACACAGACACCAAUCACAACCCCCACCACCACAGUGACUCCAACACCAACUGCUACCACCACAGAGACCUCAACACCUACCACUACACAGACCACAACACCAACACCCUCCCCAAGCACCUCCACCUCAACAUCUACUACCACACAGACACCUAGUCCAAAUCCAAGUACCACAGUGACUCCAACUCCAAUACCUUCCACCACAGAGACCUCACCCUCAACAUCUACCACCACCCAGACCACAACACCAACACCCUCUCCAAGCACCUCCACCUCAACAUCCACUACCACACAGACACCUAGUCCAACUCCCUCUACUACAGUGACUCCAACCCCAACACCUACCACCACAGAGACCUCAACUUCCACAUCUACUAUCACAGAGACCACAACACCAACACCCUCCCCAAGCACCUCCACCUCAACAUCUACUACCACACAGACACCAAUCACAACCCCCACCACCACAGUGACUCCAACACCAACUGCUACCACCACAGAGACCUCAACACCUACCACUACACAGACCACAACACCAACACCCUCCCCAAGCACCUCCACCUCAACAUCUACUACCACACAGACACCUAGUCCAACUCCAAGUACCACAGUGACUCCAACUCCAAUACCUUCCACCACAGAGACCUCAAAUUCCACAUCUACUAUCACAGAGACCACAACACCAACACCCUCCCCAAGCACCUCCACCUCAACAUCUACUACCACACAGACACCAAUCACAACCCCCACUACCACAGUGACUCCAACACCAACUGCUACCAACACAGAGACCUCAACAUCUACCACUACACAGACCACAACACCAACACCCUCCCCAAGCACCUCUACCUCAACAUCUACUACCACACAGACACCUAGUCCAACACCCUCUACUACAGUGACUCCAACCCCAACGCCUACCACCACAGAGACCUCAACUUCCACAUCUACUACCACACAGACACCUAGUCCAACCCCAAGUACCACAGUGACUCCAACUCCAACACCUUCCACCACAGAGACCUCACCCUCAACAUCUACCACCACCCAGACCACAACACCAACACCCUCCCCAAGCACCUUCACCUCAACAUCUGCUACCACACAGACACCAAUCACAACACCCACCACCAUAGUAACUCCAACACCAAAUGUUACCACUACAGUGACUUCAACGGCAACACCUACCACCACAGAGACCACAAUACCAACACCCUCCCCAAGCACCUCCACCUCAACAUCUACUACCACACAGACACCUACUCCAACCCCCUCUACUACAGUGACUCCAACUCCAAUACCUACCACCACAGAGACCUCAACCUCCACAUCUACUAUCACAGAGACCACAACACCAACACCCUCCCCAAUCACCUCCACCUCAACAUCUACUAUCACACAGACACCAAUCACAACCCCCACUACCACAGUUACUCCAACACCAACUGCUACCACCACAGAGACCUCAACAUCUACAACUACACAGACCACAACACCAACACCCUUCCCCAGCAGCUCCACCUCAACAUCUACUACCACUCAGACACCUAGUCCAACCCCAAGUACUACAGUUACUCCAACUCCAACACCUUCCACCACAGAGAUCUCAACCUCAACAUCUACCACCACAGAGACCACAACACCAACACCCUCCCCAAGCACCUCCACCUCAACAUCUACUACCACACAUACACCGAUCACAACCCCCACCACCAUAGUAACUCCAACACCAACAACUACCACCACAGAGACCUCAACAUCUACUACCACACAGACACCUAGUCCCACCCCAAGUACUACAGUUACUUCAACUCCAACACCUUCCACCAUUGAGAUCUCAACUUCAACAUCUACCACCACAGAGACCACAACACCAACACCCUCCCCAAGCACCUCCACCUCAACAUCUACUACCACACAGACACCAAUCACAACCCCCACCACUAUAGUAACUCCAACACCAACAUCUACCACCACAGAGACCUCAACAUCUUCUACCACACAGACACCUAGUCCAACCCCAAGUACUACAGUUACUCCAACUCCAACACCUUCCACCACAGAAAUCUCAACCUCAACAUCUAGCACCACAGAGACCACAACACCAACACCCUCCCCAAGCACUUCCUCCACAACAUCUACUACCACACAGACACCAAUCACAACCCCCACUACCACAGUUACUCCAACACCAACUGCUACCACCACAGAGACCUCAACUUCAACACCCCACACAAGCACCUCCACUCAAACAUCUACUACCACACAGACACCAAUCACAACCCCCACCACCACAGUGACUCCAACUCCAAUACCUUCCACCACAGAGACCUCACCCUCAACAUCUACCACCACCCAGACCACAACACCAACACCUUCCCCAAGCACCUCCACCUCAACAUCUAUCACCACACAGACACCUAGUCCAACUCCCUCUACUACAGUGACUCCAACCCCAACACCUACCACCACAGAGACCUCAACUUCCACAUCUACUAUCACAGAGACCACAACACCAACACCCUCCCCAAGCACCUCCACCUCAACAUCUACUACCACACAGACACCAAGCCCAACCCCCACUACCACAGUCACUCCAACUCCAACUCCUACCAUCACAGAGACACCAAAUCCAGCCUCAACUACCACACCAAAACCACCCUCGUCCUCUACUGUGACUACUACUACCACCACACAUUACACAACCCCAACAGCCACUGUCAUAAUCACAGAGACUCCAACCCCUUCUCCCCCCCCUUCAGAAACCCCAACUACACCCUCUACCUCUACUGAAAGCACAACCCCAACAUCUUCUACUAGCCAAACCCCAACCCCCAAACCCACCACAACCAAAGAGAUCUCUACUUCUACAAACACAGUACCUACUACAGGACCAACUUCUUCCAAACCUCCAACCAAGCCAUCGACGCCUGUGACCACUGUGUCCACUUCUCCCCCACCCUCGGAGCCCAUCACCCUUCCAAGCACCCCUGUAACUACCAUAGCAACAUCUAGCACACCUUCAUCACCUGGAACAACAUCACCGUUCAUCACUUCUUCAGUGGGCAGCACACCCUCUUCACCUCCAGGAUCAACACCAGGACCUACCACAACUCUUGGUGUGUCUACCUCCUCAAAGACCACAACAAUGCCAACUUCAACCACCACCAGACCACCCUCCACGUCCACUCCUACACCCCCCACUGUGCCAGUGUCCACCACGGAAACCGUCACCCAGACAAGGCUCUCAUCAACCACACCAACUACUUUGGAGACCACCAGGACCUCCUCUUGGGGGACAGUCUCAGUCUCCCCAAUCACCUCUCCCAGCACUGCCUGGACCAACACUGACACCGUGGUUAUCUGCUGUGUUUUGAAUGGAACAUUCUAUGGCCCAGGUGAACUGGUCUACAACAAUACCCUUGGGGACACUUGUUAUUAUGUGAACUGCUCUUUGGAUUGCAAAGUCCAGUUCUUCAAUUGGUCCUGUCCAUCUACUCCCUCAACUUCUACACCCUCAACACCAACAUCCCCUCUGACGACCACACCUUCCACACCAUCUACCACGUCUUCCAAGUCGACACCCUCCACGCCAAAAUCCACAUCAUCCAAGUCAACAACUGGCACUCCAACCACAACCUCCAUCUUUGAGUGCCAAGACUUUGAUCCUCCUAGACAGGUGAAUGAGACCUGGUGGCUGUGUAACUGUACCAUGGCCAUUUGCAAAUAUGACAACGUAGUAGAGAUUGUGGAAAAGGAGUGCAACCCCCCACCCAUGCCCACCUGUUCCAAUGGCCUCAAGCCCGUGCGCGUCACUGAUCCUGAUGGCUGCUGCUGGCACUGGGAGUGUGACUGCUACUGUACCGGCUGGGGAGACCCGCACUUUGUCACCUUUGAUGGGCUCUACUACAGUUACCAGGGUAACUGUACCUACGUGCUGGUGGAGGAGAUUAUCUCCAAGGUGGACAACUUUGGGGUCUACAUUGACAACUACCAUUGUGAUGUCAAUGACCAAGUGUCCUGCCCCCGCACACUAAUUGUGCGCCAUGAGACCCAGGAAGUGCAAAUCAAGACUGUGCACUUGAUGCCUAUUGAGGUGCAGGUGCAAGUGAACAAGCAGGUAGUGGCUCUGCCCUACAAGAAGUAUGGGCUGCAGGUAUACGAAUCUGGCAUCAACUUUAUGGUGGACAUCCCCGAGCUGGGUGCCCAGAUCUCCUACAACGGUCUGUCUUUCUCCAUCCGGCUGCCCUACCGCAUGUUUGGCAACAACACAAAGGGCCAGUGUGGUACCUGUACCAACAAUACUGCCGACGACUGUAUCCUACCCAGCGGGGAGAUCAUCUCCGACUGUGAAGUUGCGGCUGACCAGUGGUUGGUGAUUGACCCCUCCAAGCCACACUGUCCUCACAGUGACUUCACCACCAAGCGCCCAGCCAUCACGACACCAGGGCUCUUGCCCAAGAACUGCACUGCGUCUCCUAUCUGCCAGCUCAUCAAGGACAGCCUGUUUUCCGAGUGCCACCCCUUCGUGCCUCCCAAGCACUACUAUGAAGCCUGCCUGUUUGAUAGCUGCUUUGUGCCUGGCUCUGGUAUGGAGUGUGCCAGUGUACAGGCCUAUGCAGCCCUCUGUGCCAAGGAAGGUGCCUGCAUUGACUGGCGGAACCAUACCCAGGGGGCCUGCUCUGUGGAGUGUCCAUCUCACAGGGCGUACCAGGCCUGUGGCCCUGCAGAAGAACCCACUUGCCAGUCCAGCCCUUCCCAGAAUUCCACACUCUUGGUGGAAGGCUGCUUCUGUCCUGAAGGCACCACCAAGUUUGCCCCUGGCUAUGAUGUCUGUGUGAAGACUUGUGGCUGUGUGGGACCCGACUAUGUCCCCAGAGAGUUUGGAGAACAAUUUGAGUUUGACUGCAAGGACUGUGUUUGCCUAGAGGGUGGAAGUGGCAUUGUCUGCCAGGCCAAGAAAUGUGCUGGGGAGACCCAGACCACAUGCGAGGAGGAUGGCACCUACCUUGUCGAGGAGGUCAACCCAGAUGACAAGUGCUGCAACAUUACUUCAUGCAAAUGCGACACCAAAUUGUGCAAAGCAGAACGCCCCUCAUGCUUGCUGGGAUUUGAAGCGAAGAGCCAGCAUGUGCCUGGAAAAUGCUGUCCAGUUUACUCCUGUGAACCCAAGGGUGUGUGUGUGCACCAGAAUGCUGAAUACCAGCCUGGAUCUCCAGUGCAUUCCACCAAGUGCCAGGACUGUGUAUGCACCGACACCAUGGACAACGACACUCAGGUCAACAUCAUCUCCUGUACCCAUGUGCCCUGCAACAUCUCCUGCAGCUCCGGCUUUGAACUUGUGGAGGUCCCUGGGGAGUGCUGCAGGAAGUGCCAGCAGACCCACUGCAUCAUCGAGGGGCCCAACCAGCAGUACCUCAUCCUGAAGCCUGGGGACAUAGAGAAAAACCCCAGUGACAAGUGCACCUUCUUCAGCUGCAUAAAAAUCAACAACCAGCUCAUCUCCUCUGUCUCCAACAUCACCUGCCCGGACUUCAACCCCAGUGAUUGUGUUCCGGGCUCCAUCACGUACAUGCCUAAUGGCUGCUGUCAGACAUGCAUCCCUAAAAACCAUACCGCAGCCCCUUGCUCUGUCACCCCUGUCCUGAAGGAGAUUUCCCACAAUGGCUGCACCAAGAAUGUCUCCAUGAACUACUGUUCCGGCUCCUGCGGGACCUUUGCCAUGUACUCUGCCCAGUUCCAGGAUCUGGAUCACAAAUGUUCUUGCUGCAAGGAAGAAAGGACCAGCCAGCGCCAGGUGACCCUGGAAUGUCCAGACGGCAGUGAGCUGAGCCAUACCUACACACACAUUGAGAGCUGUCUGUGCCAGGACACCGUCUGUGGGCUCCCGCAGACCCAGCGAGUCCGGCGUUCCAGUCCCCGAUUUCUGGGAAGGAAGUGAAUGGGUUCUACUGUACACAUCCCUUCCCAUCCUGUACCAUCCUGCUGACUCUCUGAGCUUCCUCCACUUCAGCUUGGCUUCUUCUCUGCAGAUAUUUAUUUUCAGAGUUUCUGUUCCAUUCUUUGCUUUCUGAUAAUAAACUCAGGCAUAGCCAC